UUAUCGCUAUUAUAAAUUGUUUACAGCAGACAUUAAAUGAAAGGGAAACUUUAAUGACUGUUACAGAAAUUUCUCUUCUUCAUUUUCUACGCAGUCAAAUUUUAAAUUUCAGAAGGAAUGCCGUUUAUCGGAAACCAUAUUAACAAUAACAUUUGCGAGGAUAAUGGAAAUACUCAAAAGAUAUUUUGCGAUCCUGUUCACGGACAAAUCAGUUUCAAUGCUUUAUGUCUGAAAAUCAUAGACACGCCAGAAUUUCAAAGACUUCGCUUCAUCAAGCAGUUGGGAUUUCUCUACACUGUUUAUCCAGGAGCUAACAAUAAUCGCUUCGAACACUCUUUAGGAGUUGCUUAUUUGUCGAAGAAGUUUCUUCUGGAAUUAAGAAACAACCAACCGGAAUUAAAUAUAACGGACCAAGAAAUAAAUUGCGUACAGAUUGCGGGACUUUGCCACGAUCUCGGUCACGGUCCAUUUUCUCAUUCGUGGGAAAGAUUUAUGAGGAAGUGCAGAAAAAAACGUAAAGACGAAAGCAAACCGUGGAAUCACGAAGAAGUAUCCAUUAAAAUAUUUGAUUAUCUUGUACGAAAAUAUAAAUUGGAAGAGGAAUUUCAAAGAUAUAAUAUAGACAAAACGAAAAUCAAUUUCAUCAGAGAUCUUAUGAAAGGAAAACCUACUUGCGAUGAGCGGACAUUCCUCUUUCAAAUCGUGAAUAACGAAGAAUCGGGAUUAGACGUCGAUAAAUGGGAUUAUUAUCUCCGCGACUGCCUGUAUCUCGGAAUCAAAUGCGGAUUCGAAUACAAACGCCUCAUGCAAUUUGCAAGAGUAAAUGAUGUCGAUGGUAAAAAGGUUAUAUGUUUCCGUGACAAAGUUGUAAGUACUGUUUACAAGAAUUUUCUAACAAGAAGUGAAUUGCAUCACGCUGCUUACCAACAUCGCAUGAACAGAAGAAUAGAAAGAAUUAUUUUCGAUGCUUUAUUGGAAGCGGAUGGAAAAGUUUUAGCGCCUAACGGUGAAAAUUUUCAGUUCUACAAUUGGACUAAUGCAGUGAACAGAGAGGAAGAAGUUAUUGAAUUGACAAUGAGAAACUUCUGCAUGAUGACUGACAACGCUGUUUACGAUUCUCUGAAAUACUCAAAAAUAGAGAAAGUUCGAAAUAUACUGGAUAUAGUAGAGAGACGCUUUCAAAAUUCUAAAAUAUAUCAGACGGUUUCUCAUUGGUCCGUUGCUGAAAAGCCCGAUAAGAAAACUAUAAAAGCAGCAAUUAUGAAAUGUGCGCAAGAAUUAUCUCCGGAUGAAAAAAGAGACUUUUAUAAAAAAUAUGGAACUGAUUUUGAAUUACGCGAAGAAGAUUUUAAGAUUCAGAUAAUUUCGAUCGAUUGGGGCAAGGGUGAAGAUAAUCCAGUUAGUCGUGUCUACUUCUUUUCUAAAUAUAACAUGGAUGCUACUUGGAAAGAAGAGCAAACUAACUGGAUGAUGCCGAAAACAUUCAGAGAUGUGAAACUUAGUGUUUUAUGUAAACGCCAUGACGAUACGACAUUCGAAAAAUUACGAAUUUGUUGCGAAAAAUACGAUGCAAUGCGCACUUAAUGGCAUCUUUAAACUUGCACAACGAAUUUGUGACAGUUAUAAAAUAAAUAUUCCCGUAAGUUAAUAUAUUCUAAAUUAAAUUAUAAUUCUAUUAUAUUGUAGGAUACUUAUAAAUUUUCAGUGAAGCGAAUGAGUUAACUUGUAUACGUGCUAUUUACAGUUGA